AUGGCGUCGAGGUUAGCAAGGACCGCGGCUGGCGCCGCAAGACUUCGCCCAUCAAUCCUCCCACGCUCCUCCCUACCCGCAUUCCCGCUCACCACGGUUCGACACGAGUCCUCCGUGCCGACAGAAGAACCCAAGAAGAAGGCGCAGUCAAUCAUCGACGCGCUGCCCGGCAACUCACUCGUCUCUAAGACCGCCAUCCUUUCCGCUGGUGCCGGCAUCUCAACCUGGGCUAUCUCCAACGAGUUCUACGUGCUCAACGAGGAGACUGUUGUCGCAUUCUGUUUGUUGUCAGUCUUCUACGGAAUCUUCAAGUAUGGUGGUCCGGCAUACAGCUCAUGGGCGGAGCAAACGACAGGAAAGAUCAAGGGGAUCUUGGAUGAGGCAAGGGAAAGCCACGCAGAAUCCGUAAGAGCUCGCAUUGAGGACGUGAAGCCGUUGAGCAAUGUUGUGGACAUCACGAAGGGAUUGUUUGAGGUCUCAAAGGAAACUGCCCGCCUCGAAGGUCAGGCUUUCGAACUCGAGCAGAAGACUGCACUAGCCGCCGAAGCCAAGAGUGUUCUCGACAGCUGGGUCAGAUACGAGGGUCAAGUUAAGCAACGACAACAGCGCGAGCUCGCCGAGUCAAUCAUCGCCAAGAUCAACAAGGAGCUCGAGAACCCCAAGGUUCUGCAGCAAAUCCUCCAGCAGUCUGUCGCCGAUGUUGAGCGCAUCGUGCAGCAGAAGCCUGCAAGUUCGUAG